AUGUCGCCGCUCCCUCGCCCUGAACAGUUCCAGUCCACGGCAGUCCAGUUUGACGAGGUCGCCCUCAGUGAUACGGAGGAGCCAUUUGAAGACCGUGGCCACCACGGGCGCCGUAGCCACGAAUCGACCUUCGACCAUAUCGUUGACGGAAUCGCACGUCGAUUACAAUCAUGCCAAUCUCCUCACGAUCAGUCUUCACAGCAGAAUCGAGUAAGAUGGCACUCGCACGUUCAUGAUCGAUCAUCAGAACGCCCACGACCGGGUGACCAGCUCGCCGUCAGCGAGGACCAGGGCGGACACCUGCAGCGCAUCGACUCAGAGAAGACCUUGGCCAGGAGUGACUCAGAUCUCAGCUCCAAGGGCUCCCUUGCUGAGCGGAAAGGCAGUAGCGAUGUUGUUGGGAACGUUGAUUGCCUCCCUAGGCCUCCGGUUUCAGACGACUUGGAGAGCUACGUAUCGACACUAUACUCGGAUGCUGGUAUCCCCGAGUUGUCGAAGACUCGGAAGAUCAUCCUUGGAAUUGUGUCUAUGUCUUCCAACUCGGUGAUUCUCACAAUCCCCCGCAUGUCCCGUGACUUGGGUGUCUCACAACUCCGAGCGCAAUGGGUCGCAUCGAGCUAUACCCUCUCGUACGGCUGUUCGUUGCUCAUCUCGGGCCGGUUGGCCGACAUCUUCGGGCGUCGCUGGCUGUUCCUCGGUGGCAUGCUCACUGCGGUUAUCUUCACAUUCCUCUCCGGCGCCGUCAAGAUCUUCAUCCCCCUUUGUGUCAUUCGCGCCAUUGUAGGCGUCGGACUCGCCGUUGCUACACCCGCUGCGUUCGGCAUCGUCGGCGUCAACUUCCGCGACCAAAAGUCCAGGACGAUUGCUUACGGCUCCAUGUCCAUGGGCAAUCCUGUCGGGGCGUCUGUGGCCAUGAUUGUCGGAGGAGCCAUGGCUAGCGCCGGCGGCAGUGGAUGGGAGUAUCUAUAUUAUGUUCUCGGAGGUAUCGCCCUCGUUCCCUUGGUCCUCGGCUUCUUCGUCAUUCCGAAGGAUCCUCAGCCAGAGGGUCCCGUUGACAAGCGCGUCGAUUGGUUCGGAGGCUUCCUCAUUACCGCCGCCCUCUGCUUCUUCACGUUUUCCAUCACUGAGUCCGGCAUCGCCGAAUCCGGCUGGCGGACACCGUACAUCGUCGGGCUCCUUGUCAUUUCCAUCUUGCUGCUGGUCGCCUUUGGCUUCUGGGAACGAUAUAUCGAGAAUCACACAAGUCUACCGCCGAUUGUCAAGAUGUCCAUGUUGAGUCGCAACGGCUUCGGCUUAACGAAAGUGUGCCUGACCGCCUUCCUACCCUUCAUCUCGAUCGCGGGUUGGAUCUACCUCGUUUCGCUUUAUUACCAGGACUACAAGCGGUACUCUCCGUUCGGCAGCGCGUUGCAUUCACUUCCCGCAUCGCUUUGCGGAGUCAUAGCCGCCGUAGCCGUCAUGUGGGUCGUGCCUCGGUUCCGUGCGCCACACAUCCUGGCCGUGGGCGGCAUUCUUUCCGGCGCAGCGUGCAUUCUCUACGCGGCCGAGCCCGCCGGCACGUCCUACUGGGCAAUGGAGUUUAUCGCAUGCUGCUGCCUCCCUUUCGGGGCAGACAUGACUGUUGCCGUUGGUUCCAUCCUGAUGAGCAACAUGUCGCGUGACGAUGAGCAGUCCGUCGCUGGCGCGUUGUUCCAGACCUCGGUCCAGAUUGGCCAGGCGCUGGGCACCUGCGUCACGUCUCUCAUCGUCAGUGAGGUGCACGCCAACACCGGUGACAUGCUGCAGGGUGUUCGUGCUGCGUUCUACUUUUGCUCCGCGUUCCCUUGGGCGAUCGCCAUCUUCGCUGUCUUCGGUCUCCGCAAGAUUGGUCUGGCGAAGGACGUUGGUCUCGGCCGUGCUUCACACUGA